GUGAAGUGGUAGAAAACAUCAGUGUUGAAGACAGCGACGACGACUUUGAGCUAAUUGGUGGCAAUAAAACAGCCAAAAAUGAUGCCAAUGAAAAGAAAGCCAACGAUUUUUCAGAGCUUGCCGAUAACGAGUCUACUAAACCGAAAUCCAAUACCCCUUCAGUUUCUGAUAUGGCUUACUACUAUGAAACAUUGCUACCAUUUUCUACUGUUUAUAAAUGGCUAGCACAUACCUCAAAUCCAAACAAACCCUUGCCAAGCUUUACAAUGAGGGAGUUUGCAUUUGAGUAUAGAUCUGGUGCCUAUCAACGUUAUAACUCUUUCAAAAAUUUAAGUGAUUUCAAAGCCAGUGUCAUCAAGGCAAAUCCAACUCGUUUUGAAAUUGGUGCAAUCUACUCGAUCAAUCCAAAUAAAAGAAAAUCUGUCCCAAAAUCUGCAAUGAAACCUUUGGAAAAAGAAUUGGUGUUUGAUAUUGAUUUGACCGAUUAUGAUGAUAUUAGAACUUGCUGUAGUGGAACAAAAAUUUGUCAAAAAUGUUGGAAAUUUAUUACGAUUGCAACCAAAAUCAUGGAUACUGCAUUGAGAGAUGAUUUUGGAUUUAAAAGUAUAACAUGGGUGUUUUCUGGAAGAAGGGGUGCUCAUUGUUGGGUCAGUGACAAAAAGGCUCGUUUUUUAUCUGGAUCAAAGAGAAGGGCUAUAAUUGAAUAUUUGGAUGUGUUAAAGAUCAAGUCUUCAGGGAAAAGAUUAAUCCUCUAUCGUCCUUUACAUCCUCAUGUAGAAAGAUCAUUGAAAAUCUUAACUGAACAAUUUGAAGAUGUAAUAUUAAAUGAUCAAGAUCCUUGGAGAGAUAAUGAUAAGGCAAAUAACGCGUUGAAUAAAUUGAUACCUGAUAAAGCAUUGAAUGAUGCUUUGAGAAACUUAUGGAAUUCUAAACCACAAAGAUCCAGUUUUGAAAAAUGGAACGAUAUCAAUGAAGUCUAUAAAAAGGGUGUUACAAAAAAAUUAAGACCAAAUGCUUUAAUUGAAGCAAAGCAAGCCAUAAUAUUACAAACAUUAUACCCGAGAUUAGAUGUUGAAGUUUCAAGACAAGUUAUCCAUCUUUUAAAAUCUCCAUUUUGUAUUCAUCCGGGAACAGGUAAUAUUUGUGUUCCCUUUGAUCCCAAAUUUGGUUUUGACCCCACAAAUUCUCCAAACUUGAAAAGAUUGCAAGAUGAAAUGGAAAAAUAUCAUGGUAGUAAUGUUGCCGAAUUAAUUUCGGCUGGAGGUGAGGAAUGGGAUAAAACCUCUUUAAAGCCAUAUGUUGAAAUGUUUGACAAAAUGGUUGAUGGCUUAAUUGCAACUGAAAAGGCUGAAGAUGCAUCUUUAAAGAGAAAAAGAGAAGAAUAAAAUGAUUACUAGUUUUUUUUAUUUUUUUUUGAAAAAUAUAAAGCUUUACUGUUCUUCUUUGACUAUAAGCUACUAUGAUUCCCUUGAAAUUAUAUAUUUUUAUUUCUUACUUUCUACUCUAUGGAUUAUUUAAAAUUGUUAAUCUUGUCUUAAAGUUUAAUAAUAUAACGAUAAAAUUGAUAAAAAUGGAAAUAAAAAUAUAGAAAAAAAACUCUAGUAAAAUGAAAAUUUACUAUAAAGUGAAAUUCAUAAACAGAAGAAACUGAUAAUAAAAAAAUAAAUCAUAAAUCAUAAGUAUUAAAAUUGAAAAUUGAAAAUUAACAAACAUUGAAAGAAAAAUAUCCAAAAAUUAAUUUUGGAUCGGAAAGAUAAAACAAAAGUCUAAUGACAAGUAAAUUAUAUUGAGUGAUAAAAAAAUAGUUGAUUGAACCAUUAUUUUAAACAGUUUUUUUUUUUAAUUUUUUUUAAUUUUUUUGGGGAGUUUUCAUGU